AAACACCGUAUAUGACGACAUUUACAACGAUGUCAAAAACAAAACUGAAUACAUUCAGCUCCGAUUUUCAAACUAAACCAUCUGCUGAAACCCCAUCUACAUCCUCUUCAAGACAGGCUGUAACAAGUUCAAGUAUGAUAACAACUUCUUCGAUCUUGGUACCAUCAGACCCUGCGGUAUCACAGAAAGAAAAAGACUCAGAUAUAAACUCUGCAUACAUCAUUACUCCAGUGGUAGUUUGUGUUCUUGCACUAGUAUUAGGCGUUGCUUUCUUAUGGUGGAGACGAAGGACUCGUAAGCCUGCAGCUUCAUUUGAAACACGUGGACCUGGCUCAUUAAUAACAAACCAAAUUUACGGAGCGAAUGGCAUAGAUUGAAAUUGUUCUUUAAUAAAUGUGCGUCAAUCAAGAGUGCAUGAGUACGCAGAAAUACCUUUAGAUAUAAUGAAUUCAGAUGGAACCAAAGGAGAUAAUUAUGAAACAAUAGAUAUUCUACCCGAAGACAAAGCUGACGUAAAGAAAUCGUAUGAUAACUUUAAACUAUCAGAGACAGAGUUUAUUGAUAAAAACUACUCUCAUAUCGGUUUUAACAAUACGCAAAAUAAUAAUCACGCUGAUAAUACAUACUCUCAUACACAAUUGGAGAAUGUGACACAUAAACCUGAAAUAACCGUUAAUGGUGAUGAUACGUAUAACAAGUUAAACACUACAACAUUAACUAACAGUAGGGGUAAACAUAUAGAAGUCACAGACACGGAAUACAACCAUGCUCAAGCUGGAGAGCAGGACCCUGAAAUCGAAGCUGAUAAUUAUUCUCAUCUGAACACAAAUAUACAAACACCAGGAAUGUCUACGACCAAAAUGCCACACCAACAAAAUGAAGAUAAUAUUAAGAAUAGAAACAUUCGACAGCUAUCUGCUAAGGAUCUUCAAUCAAAUACAGGCUAUGAAUUCGCGAAAGAUUUUGAUAAUUUAAAACGCAGCAGUGAAAUAAAAAUGCCCAAACAGGAUGAUGCAAGAAAAAACAAGAAUAGCAACAAUUAUGCCCAAGACCUUACACCAAAUACAGGCUAUGAGUUCGCGAAAGAUUUUGAUUAUCUGCAAAAUAGAAGUGAAGCAACCGAGUACGCAAAGGUAACAAAAAAGAAACAUGCUGCGAGCAAAGCUGAUAAUGCAGGUAAAGGUUACGAAACAGCUGUCGGUACAAAACAUAACUAUCUUAUCUUAGAACCAGAACAAAAUCCUGCACCAACUGCUGCAUUGUUUAAAGUGGUUGAAGACGUGUCCGAGGAGACUAACGGAAUGUCCGAGGCAGAAACGGGACAUGAAUAUUUCACAUUAGAAAAACAAGAUAUGUAAUCGAUUCACGGUGGGAAAUACGUCAUAUGAUAAUAUGCACACAUGUAGACAAAAGUUUUAGCCUUAGUUCCGCCCAGAAACAAUCAGUUGUUUUGAUAUGCUAUAAUAUAGAUAUCAUAUAUAAUUAAGAAUAUCUAUGCCAUUCUUUAGUGCAUUUUGGAAGGCAACAAGAGGCUUUCAAAAUGGAAAUGCGGAAUGUUAUUUUUAUCAGUGAAUGUACAAAAAAAGAUUUUAAGUGGUGAUAUAUUAUAAUAUUGUGAUGAUCAAAUACUUAUGAAACAAUUAAAUUACCUAAGAUUUCAAUGUCAUACACACAUGACUGAUUUAAAAGUGCCUAUUGUCAUAGAUAGGGGAUAAAUAUUCCUAUUUUAAUGGGUGAUUCUUAAUGUGAUUCUUAUGGUAGUUAAAUAACUUUCACAUCUUUGGUAAAAUUGAAGAUUGAUUUUACUACAUAAAUAUUGUCUGAAUAUAACAAUUUUUCUAGAUUAGAUUGUGCAAUUUGUUAAUCUGCUAAUUACUUCUUAUCAUAUGCGAAAACAUAAAUCGUAAUGCUUUUAUUUCUAUAAUAAUCAUAAGUAAUAUCUGCUUGCGUUUAAUAUAAAACCCAAUAAUAUUUUCAAAACAUUUUGA